AUGCCAUCUCCUAGAGAAUACGACCCCUCUAAACACGGCCACAUGCCGUUCGAAUCCUACAAAGCCUGCGACUCAGUCUCACCCGGCCUCGGCUACCUACGCGCUCUCCCAACGCAGGUGAUAGGAGAUAUCCUCUGCUGGAGCACCGCACGACGCGGCCCGGUACAGUUGAAGUUACAACCUCACUACAACGAAGUCUCCGUCGUCGUAGACCACCACAACCUCAAGGAUCUAUGCAUGGUUUCCAAGACUAUGUGCAAAGGCGCAGUACAGGCUUUCCUGCGAGCAAACUGGGACCGCGGUCCAUGGAUUCUGCACUUGGACUGGAGCAGUGAGGAGAAGGUGCCGCGAGAGCUGAAGCUUGGGAAUGCCGAGAGGAUUCUGAAAGAGAUGCCAAAGGUCAUCAUCAUCGCUUUCCGGGUGAAGAGAACGGUGGAUGCGGAGACCAAGAAGGCUGAAGUGGAGCCAUGGAUUGCCGAGAUGCGGCUCAAGAUCAGAAUUCCCAAAUCGAAGAGUGCCUUGAAGGUGAACUGGGUUGAGUUGGAUGAUGCGGAGAAAGAGGUUGCUAGCAUUGUGACGAGAACGAAUCCGGUGUGGGAGAAGGCGAGGGAGCAGAUUGAGCAGCUGGAAGUCGCAGGUGUUCAGCGCAAAUGGUCGGUUGAGGGGAUCUUGAGCGUUGCGAAGCUGCUGGAGAAGGCCGGUAAAGAGUACCGAUGGGGAGAACUGGUCUAA